AGUCCCCUGAUUAUUCCUGGCCAGCAUCACAUUGCCACUUUGCUCAUCAGACACCACCACGAGCAAAUCCAUCAUCAAGGCCGUCAUUUUACGGAGGGGGCGGUCCGUUCAGCUGGCAUUUGGAUAGUCGGAGGGAAGAAAAGAGUAAGCAGCAUCAUCCACCAAUGCAUAACAUGCAGAAGGCUCAGAGCUCCACUCAGCCUCCAGAAAAUGGCUAACCUGCCAGCCGAUCGUCUUUCAACAGAUCCUCCAUUCUCCAGCGUGGGUCUUGAUGUGUUCGGCCCAUGGAACGUCUCCUCACGCAAGACCAGAGGUGGCUUCGCUCAAAGUAAAAGGUGGGCAGUGAUCUUUACGUGCAUGAGCAUAAGAGCUGUGCACAUUGAAGUCAUAGAAUCCCUUAACACCUCUAGCUUCAUCAACACGCUACGGCGCUUCCUUUCAGUGCGUGGGCCGGUCAAAUACAUUCGUUCCGACAGCGGCACAAACUUCAUUGGCGCCUGUAAGGAACUGAAGAUAGCCUCAAACAUUGAUAACACUACUGUAAAGACUUACCUCUCAGAUAAGGGCUGCAUCUGGUCCUUCAAUCCCCCACAUGCAUCUCAUUGGGGUGGUUCAUGGGAGAGAAUGAUAGGGCUGGCGAGGAGGAUUCUGGACGCAAUGUUCCUUCAGCUGAAAGACAAGCUCACCCACGAAGUGCUGGUGACUUUCAUGGCAGAAGUCGCAGCGAUCAUCAACGCCAGGCCACUUGUUCCAGUGACUAUGGACCCUGAUGACUCGUUCAUACUCACGCCAGCUGCUCUUCUCACACAAAAGACGAACAUUGUGCCUGCUCCUGCUGGUGAGUUUGGAGUUGCAGACCUCUACAAGUCCCAGUGGCGGCAGGUUCAGCACCUGUCCAACACCGUCUGGGACUGCUGGAGGAAACAAUUCCUCCCAACACUGCAGGCCCGCAAGAAAUGGCAGUCCACUCAGCCAAACAUUCAGUCUGGAAGCAUUGUUCUCCUUAAGAACAGCCAAGCACCUAGGAAUGAAUGGCCUCUUGGACUGAUUACACAGGCAUUCCCUGGCAAAGAUGGGAAAGUGCGCCAGGUUGAGGUGAAGAUCAUCAAACCAGGCGGGACUAGCCUUUUUCUCAGGCCAGUCAAUGAACUAGUUCUCCUCCUACCUCCAGAGGCACAGUGAUGGACUGUUUUAAAAAAAAAAAAAACUUUGGACUGUGUUACACAUGGACUGUGCAUGGACUUUGGGGUGACGUGUGUCCACGUCAGGCGGGGAGUGUUUUGUUAUGAGUAAGAAUUUAAUUAAGCAUUAAGUUUAAAGUUAUAGAAUAUAAACAUGCUUUACAUUUAGUCAGCAUUACAGAAUCCUAAUGUGUUUCUAUUUAGGUCAUGUUAACUUUAAGAUCGCAUGAUUACAAAUGUCCUAUUACGCGACCCGUAGUUGGGAAGUAAACACUCGCGCACUUCAUGCGCAUUUUCAGUGGUUUGUUCAAGGCUGUCAGAUCCUUUUCAUUUCUUCUUGUCUGUCGUCUCCUUGUCUGGCCUAGCAUCGUCGUUGGGAUAAUCGGAAACUCUACACUGCUCAGAAUCAUUUAUAAAAAUAAAUGCAUGCGGAACGGUCCUAAUGUCCUCAUUGCAAGUCUGGCGCUUGGGGACCUUUUGCAUAUUGUCAUAGACAUUCCCAUUAACGUCUAUAAGCUUCUGGCUGAAGAUUGGCCAUUUGGUGUUGGACUUUGCAAAAUGGUUCCCUUUGUACAAAAGGCAUCAGUUGGCAUCACAGUGCUGAGUUUGUGUGCACUGAGCAUAGAUAGGUUUCGAGCAGUGGCAUCGUGGAACCGCAUCAAAGGCAUCGGCAUUCCUAAAUGGACAGCCAUUGAAAUCAUUCUGAUAUGGGUGCUGUCCAUUAUACUUGCAGUGCCAGAGGCCAUUGCCUUUGACAUGAUCACAAUGGACUACAAAGGAGAGCAACUUAGAAUUUGCUUGCUCCACCCUAUGCAGAAAAACAAGUUCAUGCAGUUUUAUAAGUCAGCCAAAGAUUGGUGGCUUUUCAGUUUCUACUUCUGCAUGCCGCUGACGUGUACUGCUAUCUUCUACACUCUCAUGACCUGUGAAAUGCUUCGAAAGAAGAAUGGGGUCCAAAUUGCACUCAGCGAUCAACUAAAACAGAGGCGUGAGGUGGCUAAAACUGUGUUCUGUCUGGUGCUAGUCUUUGCACUGUGCUGGCUUCCUCUGCAUCUCAGUCGUAUUCUUAAGCUUACCAUUUAUGAUGAAAGGGACCCCAACCGUUGUGAGCUUCUGAGUUUCUUCCUGGUUCUUGAUUAUAUCGGGAUCAACAUGGCAUCAGUGAACUCAUGCAUAAACCCAAUCGCUUUGUAUAUGGUUAGCAAGCGCUUCAAGAGUUGCUUCAGAUCAUGUCUGUGUUGCUGGUGCCUCCCUCCUGAAAUGUUAGCAAUGGAUGACAAGCAGUCCUGCAUGAAGCUGAAGGUGACAGAGCGAGGAUCUGAACAAAGCAAUAGCCGUGCCUCCAACAAAUACACUUCAACUUAGGCACUGAUCUGCGUACAGGUACUGGUGGCCUACAAAUUGCAUUUAACAUUUAGCUAAUGCCAUAAAACCUAACUCUGUGUCAGCUGGAGGUAUACUCAUUACAAGUAAAUGUGGUGCUAUGAAAGGUAUAAAGAAGUCGAUAUAUCUUUAAGUCAAGGGCGUAGGUUUGCUUUUGACAUUUGUGGGGACAUAAACCCAACACCCUCCCUAUAUUUAUAGCUUAUGAUAGCCAACAUAUUCAUAAUUCAUAUACAGAGUUUUUUUUUGUUUUUUUUUAAAUUAAUAUGUUUGCAUGUUCCAAAUCCUGCUGCACCACAGAGUGCCACUUACAUAGUUUACCAUAAAAUCCACAUUAUAUUUGUCCUAAAUUGUUUAUGUUCAUAAUGACUUUAUCCUAGGCUGGAAGAUUGUGUAUCCUUCCGCACAACGUUUGUCUUUCUGUCUGUAUCUAAUAAUAGCCAUAGGUCGCGCUUUCUCUUUCCAUUUGCUCUGUUUUGUCAAACACCGUACUUCAAACUCAUCGUUAAAAUCAUUAACUUUUGUUAAUUCCUGAAUUGAACUUUUAUAUUUACUGUUUUAGACUGCUGUUUUGAAUUGGGUGCAAUAACUGUGAGUUGUUCUAAAUGUGGCGCUGCGCUUCUCGUCCGGUGUGCCACUACAUUCCUCCCAUGUUUUAAAUGCGCAUCCUUGAAAGUGCACGGUUUUCUAGCGUAUUUACUUUAACUUCUUAGGUAUAUGUCACAGGCAUGACCUUUCAGAUGCGUCUGAAAUUACAAAAACAUAAUACAUAUAUUCAUUUGUCUGAUCAAAAUUAUUGCUAGGGGCAGUUUGGUAGUCGCUGGAUAUUGAUAGGGACACAUCCCUUGCAUCCCCCCCCUAAUUCUACGCCCCUGCUUUAAGUCCCAGUUUUUUAUUCACUCCUGACUGGCAUACAUGUAGUGUUAGGAACUCCUAACUGCUAUCCACAGUUUUUAACAUUAUGAUAAUAUUUUAGAUGCUCUGGGAAGGUUAAAAAAGUCAAAUUCAACUGAAUGAUUUAACAAUGAUUCAACAUCGGAAAUAUUCAACAGCAGAAAUAUUCAACCAAAUUUGAAAGUGACUUCACAUGUUCUCUGUGGUUCCCUGUACAUUGAAAGAAGGGGUUUUCAAACCAGUCCUGGACCAUCCCCAGUACUGAACAUUUUUAUGUCUCCCUUAUUGGACACAUGCAUUUCAGUCUCUACUAAUGAGCUGAAGAGUUUAAUUAGGUGUGUUAGAUCAGGGAGACAUAAAAAAUGUGCAGUUCUGGUGGUGCUCCAGGACUGGUUUGAAAACCCCUGAUAUAAGGAAUUUCCAAAUGCAAUAAAGCAACUGAUUGUAAGAACAAUGCUAGGUUUGUUUUUGGUGUACAUAUAUGGAGUUGCCCUGCAGCAUAGUUCAAGUCAAGAACCUCAUUUCAAUAGCUCUUUUAUGGCAGAAAAUACAUUAACCCUAAAAUAGAGUAUAUUUCUUAUGUGAUUGUGAUUUUAAUUUUUUUAUUAUCAUUAUUAUUAUUAUUAUUAUUACUAGUACUACUACUACUGCUACUACUACUAUUAGCUUUGAGAUGUUAUACUUUUUUGAUUGUUUGUUUUGAGGGGGUUCGGCCAUGUGUUUGAUGAUAAUAUAUUUGUCAAUGUUUGUCAAUGUUGCACAUGCUUGCAAACUUAUACUGUGAUUAUCUCAUCUGCCUAGUGGAAGAUCAAGAUUUACUUGAGAAGUUGUAUGAUUAAUCUUCCACAUGGCUCAAGGCCUCAGACAUUUUAAUAAUCAUUUAAUUGUGUUAUAAUUCCUGCUGACUGUUUAGUUUUUUUUUUUCUUUGUAAUUCUUUUUACUAAUUUGUAUAUUUCUUUGUCCAUCUAUUAUGUAAGACUUUAUUUAAUCUUAAAUGUGUUGCAAAAAGCUUAUUUUAAGACAAUAAAAACAAAAACAUGUUUACACCAUUUCCAGUUAAUUGUGGUAACAAUGUACAAUAAAGUCUCUGUUAACAUUAGUUAAUACUAUAACAUGAACUAA